AUGGAAUUGUGCGCGUCGAGCCGCCGAAAGGACACCGAAAAGUUAGCCGCCGACGGCGCGCAGGACAGAUCAAACACAAGAGUUGGGACUGCUUUCGUGCACAUGCGCGCCGCCGCCCAACCGUUUUUUUUUCCGUCGUUUCACCCUCCGGCCUAUUUCUGGAAUUAUGACGGUUCUCGCUCGAAUAGAUCCAUCCAAUCCGAUCCGAUUCUUUGAGAUCCGGAAGGCCGCACUGGACUUUUGCUCUUGGCAGCUGUCUGGAACGGUUUGCGUUCGAGGAGAAGAUCAACGACAGGACGUUCUCAAAAAAUUCGUAA